UGAACUUGGCCAGGCGGUGUACUUUCUUCUUCAGUAAUUAGCUUGGCUUCCAGCAAAGCCAUGCUUCAGCAUCUUCGAGAACAACCCAUCACGACUAGAGCGCAUCUGUUGUAAAAUACAGUUUAUUUUCAGUUCCCUGUCAGAGAUGGGCGAAAUCAGUGAAGCGUCCUUACUGGAUUACAUCUGUUCCUCAGGAGGAAAAGUCAAAAAUUCUGAUCUGUCCAAAACAUAUAAGCAUUUUAUAAACCAUAGCGAUUUGCAACUACGUGCCAAAUACAGAGAAGAGUUCAAACUCAUCAUUGAUAGAAUUGCUGUGAUAAAAUCUGAGAAUGGAGAGAAAUACCUCAUCCUCAAGAAGAAGUAUAGACAACUAAUACAAGAGCGAGAGUCAGGCGCUGGAAAGGGAGGAGAAUCAGUCAAGCAGGCUCAUCCGAACCCACAAAAUGAGCUCCAGGUCUCUAAUCCAGUGCAGAACCAUAACCCAACAGCUCAGAAAGAGCCAGCACUGGUGGCCUGGUGCUCAGGACCCAUGAUUACAGUCACAGAGGCACCAGAACCGACACAGACCGAUAAUCAGGCAGACAGCACCCUCUUACCGCCAGCAGAGGAACCAGAGAAACCAGAGCUUCUGACGGAGGAGCUUUCAGCGUCAGACAGAGAAGAUGAACUCGACAAGGAUUCAGGGUCAAAGAGUGAAUCUGAGCAGGAGGAGGAGUGUGGAGGCAGUUUGGGAUCCACCGCUGUGGCUCUGGAUCCUCUUGAGAAAGAAUGGAUCUUCUCGGCAGCAAGUGGCAAACUGUCUCAUCUCAUUCAGCUCCUGAAACAAGACUCUUCUCUGGCCAAUAAAAAGGACUUUACCUCAUUCACAGCGCUACACUGGGCUGCGAAACACGGUAAAGAAGACAUGACCACAGUGUUGGCGGAAGCAGGGGCUGACAUCAAUACGAAAGCGCAUGUAAGUACUCCUCACCUUACACUCACCCUGGAUGUGACGGCAUGCAUGGGCUUAUUCUCAAAGGGAUACACACCUUUACACAUUGCAGCACUGCACGGACAUCGACAUAUAGUUGACCUGCUGGUUAGGACGUACGGAGCUAAGGAGAACCUGCGGGACUACAGCGGUCACUUAGCAUGUCAUUACCUCAAUUUACGGGAUACACAAUUAGAAGACCAGGAACUACCUGAAGUCAGCGAGUGCCAAAGUCUAACCCAGGCCGGAGAGCGCAGGAACAGAAAGAUCACGUCAUUAUUUCACUCCAUGAAGAAGUGGGGUUCAGCGGAGGAUCUUGCGCCGGUACCGGAGGAGAGGACUGUUGCUCAUCAGCUCAUGCUGCCUGCGUUUAGGCCUAGAAAGUUCUCACGGUAGACUGUGUGAAGUCCAAACAUCUUCAGUCUUGCUUUAGUGCCAAUUGGAUAGUUUACGGAUGAAAACGCACUUGUUUUCUUUGCUGCUUUUUUCUUUUCGCACAAAUAGUAUGAUGUAAUUAUAUUCACAAUUCAGCUUAAUAAUUAGCUUAGCUAGGCACACUAUGUAACUCUAGUGGUUAAAAAAAAACUGCAUGCAUUUUGCGGAAGAACAUUGUUUUGGUUGUGCUUUGGCUCUGCGUGACUGUGCGGAUGAAUAUGGUUAUCAUACAUUCACUUAAAGGGCUUAAGAGAUAAAAGUGUCACUUUCUCUUUUUGCCAGCAGACUCUCCUCUGUUCAGUGUUUGUUUAAAACGGGUGAUUCUCUGGAGGUUUGAGAUUUAACUGCUCCAUGUCAACCUUUCUCGCUCAUUGUGGCAACUAACCAAUGCCACUCACACACCGUACACACGUCAAAGUAGCCAGAGGAACUUUUCUCUAUUUAUAGAUAAAUAGCGAGUGACGGAUGUACGCGAUUUCCCGACAGGUCUAAAAUAUAAACACUUAUAAUAGGCUUACCAUACUGAAUCAGGGUAAGACAAAAACACGUUUUGGAAGGAUUGAUGUAUUGACCCAUUGUUUAAAUUUUGUUAAUUUUGGGGGGAAAAAAAAGUUACAUAGUGUAUGUUUAAGUUCCAUCUUGAAUAGAGACCAACUUCAGCAUUUCUUUGCCUUAUCUUCACCUUACAAAACUUAAAAGUCAGAACCACAAUUUACGGCUGCGUGAGAAUGUACCAAAAAUACCCUAUUUUCAUAUUGUGUUAAUGUAUUAUGUAAUCAUAAUUAUGUUUAUGUAAAGAUGUAAUGAUUUUCUCUGCCUCUGAAAUAUCUUUUCUUUUAUGAUGAUGUAACCAAGGCUCUGUGGUCUGUGAAAAAUAAUAUCAGCCAAUAAUAUCACAGCCAAGUAUUUUACAAUUCAAGGGUGUCUUUCCUGUUACCUGAAUGUUUAUUUGAAUAAUGUAAUUUAUUUUCUCAUAUAUAAAAGGAAAAAUAAACUGUACUUCGGAUAA